AUGGCGAAAACAUCACAAGAGGAUUGGGUGGAGGUUCGAAGGAAGAAGGAUCAUGCUCAAGCAAAAGAGAAGUUUUUGGUUUGGACAGUGAAAAAGGGAAAAGGAUGUGUAGAAGAUGAAACGGUGGCAUCUUUCUUCUUCACUGAGUUCCCGAAUGCUUUUGGUCUGGUAUCAGAAGUGUUCGUACCACAUCGACGCGAUAAACGUGGUAAUAGGUAUGGAUUCAUAAGGUAUAAAAAGGUAACAAAUGUGAGAGUCAUGGCAACGAGACUGGAUAAUAUCUUCAUCAAAGGAAGAAAAUUACAUACAAAUGUAUCCAGAUUUCAAAGGAAGGAGAAUGUGCAUGUCAAAAGCCAAAACAAUGGUAGAGCAAUAUGA